UUUCGAUUCCUGUCAAAAAUGUUAACUCAUUCGUAAUUCGUGAGCUCAAACGAAAACAUUCAAUUAAGAUUUUAUUUUUUCCAAAUUUUUGUUUCCGAUUUUGUUUUGGUUUAUUUUAUCGAAAUUCUUGCAUAGCCCAAAAUGAAAUUCUAUCCAGAUGAAGAUGUUUGGUUCUAUGUGGAUAAGCCAAGCUGCAUGAAUAGCUAUCAAAAGUAUCCAAAGAGUCACAAUUGGAAACUCUAUGAUAGAUCGAGCAGUCGGGUGAUGAUGUACUGGCGCGACAUUGAGGGUUCCAAAAUGGCGGAUGUAAAACGAAAGGAUUUAUACUUUACCAAUUGGCCAAAGAACCGCAUACGUCCGCAAGCCUGUCUCGGUAUGCUUUAUGCCACAGGACAUCGUUUCAUACGUUUAGCCCAGGCGGAACCCUCCGGCUUCAAGUGUGCUCCGCUGCCAGUGAAUUUGGCCCAAGCAAGACAAAUUAAGGUUGAGUUGCGUAAGAAACGCAAACGUGAAAUGAAGGCAGCCAAAAAGGCCAAAAAGGAGGCCAAGAAAGCCAAAAAGAAUACGGACAAGGGUAAAGGCAAGGGUGGUAAGGGUGGCCAGGGUGGCACCCAAUCAAAAGUCAUCACGUAUAAAAAUGUUGAUAAAUAAAAAGAGAAAACUUUAACCAUA